UACUUCAAGAUGGUGGAAUUGUAGCACGAUUCUGUCAAUUUUGUUUCUGUUUGUAUUCUGCGGACAAAACUUAGGAGCAUCAGAGUCAGAGGUUAUGUUCUGCAUUCUGAUUGAUAUUUUCAUAUUGUCUACAAUCUAAUUUACUUCGAGGAUUAAGUUAUCAUAAUGGACCUCAAAGAACCGAAAAGAAAGCGUUUUAGUGGAGACCACCUCCGACGCCCAGUGCUGAUUGAUGACAUCUCCGAUUUAUCUGUUUGCAAAUCUCUUUGGCCAACGGCUGUCGGCUAUUUUAAUGGUGACUGUGUCAUCAUUAAUAAUCGAGAAGAAAUAUCUGCGUUGUACAAUGCAGGAUGCUUUGGGAAAGGCUGUUACUCGAGAGCGUUUCCUUGUUUUGAUAAAGGCAAAUUAGCUUCACCUCCGGUCCUGCAACAAAGACAAUGGGAUAGACGCCUGUCUUGGAUUAAAAAGCUGUCUCCCUCUACACUCGAUGGAGCAACCAAUGAAUCUGAUAAUAUACAAGAACAUGCUGAUAGCAGUAGUCAUGUAAUUUCUAAUUCAAUAUCUGCACAAAAGACUCCUGAAAUUCUGUCUGAUGAAAGUAUGGUUGAUGCAAUAGUAAAUGAAAUAUCAAUUAGCAGCGACGAUGAUAAAGAAUCUACUAGAUCCACUAGCAGAAAACGCAAGCAUGAAUUUGAGUCAGAUCUUAGAUCAAAAAAACUCACUUUCAUCAGUGAUGAAUUGCAACCUUCUGAAGAAACUGCAGGUCUCAAUUCCAAGCCUAUUGAGCUAUCAGAAGAUUCAAAUUCAAGAAGUAAAACAGAUGAGAAUGAGAACAAUCCACAGCCUUUGGAAACGGAUGAUCAGGAUAUUCCUGAGAACUCAGUUAUUGUAAUAAAUGAUGUGAUCGACUAUGAUAAGUGCGACUUCGAACCUCGAUUGUGCAUAGAAUCCCGAAAAACUGUGCAGGAAACACUCAAUUUAUCACUGGAAGAAGCGUUCUUCCUCAGCUAUGCUCUUCGUUGUUUACAAGUAGUCGAUCUCUCUGGGACAUCUUUGUUGCUAACAGAAAUGUGGCAGAUCUACCAAGAAGCGAAGCCAACAUUCAUAUCUUCGUAUAUUGUUUAUCACCAUUUCAGAUCAAAAGGUUGGGUCGUCAAAUCUGGGUUAAAGUACGGGGGCGAUUUUUUGCUUUAUAAGAAAGGACCGAAAUUCUAUCAUGCAUCUUACAUAGUAGUAAUCCAAGAUGCAGGCCAACCCACGGAUGGAAGUUUUGCUUUGAAUAAGCCCUUCGAUUGGACUAAAUUCGUCACUCUACAAAGACUUGCUGAAACCGUUUCUAAGGAUGUUCUUCUCUGCCAUGUACAAUGGCCAACUGUAGACGACAUAUCACAGUUUGACUCUCCCGAAGUGGUGAAACAAUUCAAAGUUCAAGAAGUAAUUUACCGGAGAUGGACCUCUAACAAGAACGUCAAAGAUACCAAUAAUUGAUAGAACCUUAACUAUAUUAAUUAAUACUACUGUAAGUCAUUGCUAAAACUUGAAUGUAAAUCACUCAUAUUGAUCUCAAAGAUAUUCGAUUUGAUGAAGUAAUAAAAAACCACAAUCUGUCAUGUUUUUACUGGAAUGGUUUUAUUGAUACGAGACCAAAUUUGAAAUGCUCAAGACAUCAUCAUCAUGAAAAAAUAAUGAAGCUGAAAUUUCGUUUCAACUCUGAGUUCAUAUCAAUGUAUAGAUAUGGAUGAAAGCUAAGUGUUUCGAUUGCUCUUAAAUUGUAAGUAGCAAAAUUAUUAUGAUUCAGCCUAUUGCUGGCGAACCUGUCAGACACGGUUCCCAACAACAAAAAUAUUUUAUUUUCGAUACCAGAAUGAAUAAAGAAAUACUCAUUCACAACAAUAAUUACUUAGAGUGGCCCACUUACGACAGCCAGGACAAGUGUGUCGAGCAUGUGUGAACGGACAGUCUUCAAACAUAAAAGACAUUCAUGCGAAAGGCUUCGAACAAAACAUAGUUGUUUGUCAGCAGCUUCUAACUUAAAAUGAGCAACCAAUAACAAUAAAUAAUUUAACCUCAAAUAGAGCAACAAAAAACGAACAUACAAAAACCUAACUACCUACCUAAAACCUAACAUCAAAAAAUGUUGUUCAAAGCCUUUUGCUGAUGACAUAACAUGCAUGAUGAGCAUGUCUGUACACCCAUAUUCAACACACUUGUCCUGUCAUUAGUGACAACCUCAGGAAAAAUAUCCGCCAUUUUUCAGUACUUGUAGCUGUAUUAUGAUUAGUUGAUAAUGUUAUUCAAGUUGAACAUUAUAUGGUUAAAUCGCCAACACUUUACAACGAGUGCACUAACAUUUUAUGAUUUCUAUGGCAUUAGUUAUCUUUUCUCUAUGGCAAUAUUUACUAUCGACAAUUCCAGUGCACGCGUGUAAAGAGUACCCGGUUUGACCAUGUUCAAAUGUCUUGACCAAGCAUUAGUCUGUAACUAUUCAAUUCUUUCUAUGAAACAAGCCAUUGCAAUAUCUCAAUAAUUAUAUUUAUUGGAAUUGAAUCAAUUUUUCAUGAAUCUAUAUUACAAGAGCUUCAUUUUUGUGUUUACUUUCCAGUACUUAUUUUUCAAACUUCUUAGAGAUUGAUAGGUGAGCUUUCUGAUAUUUUCGCUGUAGAUUUGGCAAGUUAAUUGAAAUACAGCUAUAAUAUUGAAGCAUAUUAAUAUAAAA